GACGUUAGGUGAGCCUUGCUGCGGGCGGUGACCAAGUGGGGCAGGGAGGAUUUUGGGAGAAAUCUCUGAAGAAGGGCAUGAACACUCCGGGCCUGUCUGCAAACCCGGGGCAGAAAGAUGUCCAAGGGCCCAUGGAGAUGGUAUGGGAGAUCCGAGGUCUGAAUUUGGACCACACCGAGGAGGAGCCCUUCCCAUCCACCCAGAUUAUACAUAUAAAGGAACAGAAACGCGGGCUGCUCUAUAAAACUGGCCAAACACAGACUGAAAGGGCCCUAUUGAGAUCAAGGGCGGUGAGUGGUCAGAUAGUGAGUGAUUUCAAUGGUGGUAGAGAAAUGAGUGGUCAGGAGGCGGCUUUCCCUGACAUUGGCCACUCCUGGGGCCAAUAUUGUGCAGCCAGUACUCAGACUGGCCAACACAUGGACACACAGAGUAACAAUCAGACCAUCCCCAGCAUCACUUGUUUCUUAUCAAAUAAAAGAAAAAUCAAAAUGGAAAAAAAUGAUGAUGACGAAAUCGCAGAACAGUUGGAGAAAAAGGAUCAAAUUGUGCAGAACCAAGACAUGUUUAGCUCAAUCUCCAAAGACUUAGGAAAGCCAAUAAUUGUUCAUGGCCUCCCGCCGGCGACCAUGGUGCAACUCCAACCAGUAUCAGUGUCAGAUGUAGUCAAAAGUUCCACUCUUUCCCAGAUACCGUUUCCAUUAAAGAUACAGUCUUUAGCAGGGCCUUCGAAUAAAUUGCAAAGUAAAGAUGUUCCUCUUACAGUGCUUCCUUCAGAAGCAGGAAUGCCUGAAAGACCUUUUAGUACAAAUCGCAGUGGGCAAGUUAAGCGUCCUAUGAAUGCAUUUAUGGUGUGGUCAAGAAUUCACCGCCCAGCAAUGGCUAAAGCUAAUCCAUUGGCCACUAAUUCAGAGAUUAGUGUACAGCUAGGGCUAGAAUGGAGUAAGUUAAGUGAAGAGCAAAAGAAGCCAUACUUUGAAGAAGCACAAAAAAUCAAAGAGAAGCACAGCAAAGAAUUUCCAGACUGGGUCUACCAACCACGUAUUGGAAAGAGGAAAUGCUACCCCUAUAAUGUUUCCAGUGAACUCUUCUGUCCUUCCUCAAAGUCCUCUCCAGUAUGUUCCUUAAGCUCCUCUGUCUACACUGUUACAAUGCCUCCAUCGGAUCUGGCUAAUGUUAUUGGAGACUUCUCUACAUACCCAUAUUCUACACAGGGAUUGGAGCCAUACACUGAAAAUUGUACCAAGGAGACAGUAAGAUCUUCCCCACUGCCAGUACAGCCAACAUCUACCAUAUCAGAACCAGAACAGGCUGUGAGUCCACCCAUUCAAGAAUCCGAACCAACCUUGCUUGCAGACAACAAUACCACGGCAUCACAGACCCAGACCACAGCAUUAUCCACUUACUCCAUUCCUGAUCUGCAUCAUACAAAUGAAUUUGGAAGUAUGCCCUCCUGUAAUCGAUCUGGAUGCAUCCCUCCAACUCAGAGCCUUCCACAUGGAUAUCAGGCACCACACUUUAUGCCUUGUCUCUUUGGAGCUCCCAUGCCCUAUUCUUUUCAUCAUCCCUAUUUUAUGCACAGACCUCAAUUUAUGCCUUCCAGCACCUGCCCAUUCAUCCUUCCUCCUUUUCCACUCGGGGUUUUUUAUCCCACAUUGCAAGAGGGCAUGAAUUAUGAUGAUAAUUGCCAAAAACAGGAAGGCCUUUUCUCUGGUUGUGAUGGACUUUGCCCUGUGCCCGGACGCAGUGAUGAGUGUGGACAAAGCAUGGCUUCAUAUGACUGCAAUCAAAUGGAAUAUGACUCUCCAUACCAUGAAUCAGAUGAAUAUCUUCCUGUAAUUCAACAAGUGGAUCCAGAAGACAUUCAAAGUGUAUUUUCACCUUCAACCUCACAACUAUCCCUCAUUGAACAGGUCAAUGUAACUGAUGUUGAUGAUGAGGAAGUAAUUAAAAUUUUUGGAAAUUUAUAG